GUAAGGAUUCGGUGUUGUACAGGUGUUUACAAAACUUGGGAUGUUUUGGGUGUUAUAUAUGGUUGGAUUGAUAGUGAAAAAAGUUCAAAUCUAAGCAUUCAAGCUGUGACUCGCUCAAAUCUAGGGAUUGAUAUGAGGAGGAAAUGCCCAAACCAUGAUACAGAAGAAUGAGCAACCAGGGAUUCAUUCGCAACAUGCCAACCUGUUGAUAGAGGAUCCCACAUCGUCAGAAUCAUCAUGGACCAAUGAAAAACACAGCUUCUAUAUUAACUCCAAGGAGGAAGCCUUUGUCUCAAGCCUUUAUCAGCAAGGGGGUUAUAAAUAUCCCUGUAAAAGAUGGCGAGCAGAUAGAGGAGAAAUAACCUCUGUAUUUAGCCUGGAUUUUGACAAGGAGGUUGAAUCUGGACUUUCCAAUGGUCAUGUACUGAUUGGGUUUGCUGAGGAGAUCCAAAGUGAAAGUGAACCAGAAAAGCCUAGACUUUAUCAUGAUGUUCAAAAACACUCAAAAAAGUGUGGAUUGAAGGAGAUAUCCAGCAGUAAUGACACAUUUCAGGAACAGGAUAGGAAUGGGAGAAGAAACAAAAGGAAAUUACAAGAUCCAGAAAGGGAAACAACAGAUGAAUUCGAAGAAGUACAGUCUAAGUAUAAUGAUAAACGUGCAAGCAAUUUCUACGCAGGGGAAAAUCGGUUCACUCAAAAUAGAACUGUUUCAGAAGCUUUAGUGAAAACCUUGAGUAACAACCAGGAGUAUCAGGUGAUUUCAUCUAACGAUGAGACAUCUCCCAAGGAAGAUGGGAAGGCAUGAUAAGACUAUUCAGUCCGACAAAAAUAUCCUCAACUUUUAUGUCUUGGUAUUGAAAUUGGGGGACAUUUAUAACGGACGCUAGUUGUGCGGAGCAUGAUUGAUAUCUGUAAUUUUCGACUUACUUUCUGUCGAAUCAUGAUAUUUUUGGAAUCAGAUUAGUUAUAAUCAUUUAUAAUCACUUAAUUAAUUAGGUGAGACGUCAAAUGGUUGUAAUAGUUAAUAAGGUUUAAUUGAUCUUGACAUUUCUGAAC